UUCUGUUCGACUUCACUCUCAUCAAAUGAAGAACUAAGGGUGGGAAAAAUGGCAACGCUUUCCGCAUUUUCAACUUCUUUUCGUUUGAUCUCCAACACUCGUUUUAAAUCUCCCGAAAAUAUCUCCUCCUAUUCUAAUUCCAUCCAUUUUCAGACCAAAAUUUGCUCCUUUCCCUCCAACAACUUAUCUUUUUCCUCCAAAAAUACCAAAACUCCUCAUGGGACUUGGAAACUCAAGUCUUCUGAAGAAGGAGAAACAGCUGUUGCCGAGCAACAAGACUCUGUUUCUGUUCCUGUCUCCCCUUCUGACACUCUCAGAAUGUACUUCCAGGCAGAUGGAAUGUUGAAUGAUGCUGAAAUUCCAAAGGUUACUAAGGCAUUAGAGGGACCUGAAGGUGUUUCCAACUUGAAGGUUCAAGUCCUUGAGGGUAUUGGUACCGUUGAGUUAACUAAACAGACGACGGUCCAAGCUAGCGGAGUGGCAUCCAAUUUGGUUGAGCUCAUACAGGGUGCAGGAUUCAAGUUACAAACAUUGAAUUUGAGCUUUGAUGAUGAAGAAGACGUUGUGUAGAUGUCGAAUUUAGAUUUUGAAAAACUUGCACUUGAAGUUCACGGCACCUUUCUUUUGAUUCAUCUAUUCUAAAAUGGUAGUUAAACAUGAAUGGAUGAUAUUCUUGAUAGACAAAAAUUGUUCAAAACGGUAAUGUAAGCCUUUGCUUUU